AAGUAUUGAAGUGAGCUUCACGUUUCCUCAUGCUUUUCACGAUCGAAUUUGUUCGUGCUAAUUACAGCUAUUUAAAAGAGUAAUUUCCCCAGGAAUAGGAUGACACAAUGGUAAAAUGUUUUAUUCUCCUUGCUAGCUGGUUGUCAUCAAAAAAGAUGAGAGACUUGUGCAGCAGUGCUCAUUGUCCAGUAACGCUAACUUACCUUCUGCCCAGCGAGCUAUUGUGCUGUCUGUCUGUCUCAGUGUGUGGCUGUAUUGUUAGUUUGUGCUCGACUUAACAGCCCAGCGUGCUGAGUAACGAACCUCACUAACCGUCGGUUCUGAUAGUUUUGCCAGUAGUGAUGGUUUUUGCUGGAUUCUGUAAGAUUACCUGUUCGUUUGUUUUUUUAUUAACUCGUAUGAAGAGUCUGUAUACAAACAGGUUUAACUUCCCCAUCCUCGCUAGUCAGUUAACGUAGCUACCCGUAGUUAGCUAGCUAGCGUUUGCUACUUGACUAUAAUGACUAGUGAAAGCUUGUUAAGAAGGGCGCAAAGCCAUUUAACUAGAUUACUUUAAGCGUUACUGUAUUUGUAGGUCUGAACAGCAGGUUUGAGGACACUGCUCUUUUGCUUGAAGCUUGAACGCUCGUUGUUUGUGUACGAGCGGCUGGAGCGUUUUAAACUUUUUUGCUCUAAUUUAUCAGCCUCAGAAAUAUUUUCAUAUUCUCGUUACUGGUAUUGUUUGGGUGUGAGGAAUGAUUUUACACAUCACUACCAAGGUGUAGGCAUGUAAACCGCUGGAUGCUCCGUUUCUCUCCCACUGAAUAAACACAGGAACUAAACCCGGUCAAAAGUAACCCAAGCAGCUGUAUCUGAUAGGGCCUGGGCUAAGAGGACAGGGGCUCCACUAGGGGGACACCGUUUUAGAAAACACACCGUUAAAAUGAACUUACUCAAAUAAAACCUUGAAUACUUUAGAAAAUUAAAAUGACACUCAAGCCAAAAUAAAUAAAUGUAACCAUCACUACAUCUGUUGUGAAGAUUCUUUCUGAUGACGUAUCUUGAAGAUGGAAGGCAGAUGACUAUACCCUAUUGCGCCUGCAUAACUGUGUAACUGCCUCCAAAUAAUCAUUACAGCUAAGAGAAUGGAUUACUCACACAACAGAGAUAGUUUUAGAGGGAGAUGACACAAUGGAUGGUGGGAGGCAGGCUCGUCUUUCACGCCCACACCGAAUCAGCGAGUCUUCGAAAGUGUAUCGAUGGGCAGACCAAGCUAGCUAUCUCCUGCAGGGUUUGAAUGAACAGAGAGAGUGUGGUCAGCUAUGUGAUGUGGUGUUAGUGGCCAAUGAGCAGCGGGUGCCUGCACACCGGGCCCUACUGGCAGUCUCCAGUCCGUACUUUCAGGCCAUGUUCACCCUUGGCAUGCGAGAGGAGCGCCAAGCCGAGGUGGAGCUGGUGGGAGCCUCCUACGUUGGUGUGAAAGCAGUUGUGGACUUUAUGUACAGUGGUGAACUGCCACUUGAUGGUGGGAACAUUGACUAUGUGCUGGAGACGGCUCACCUGCUGCAGGUGUGGCGGGCGGUAGAUUUUUGUUGCCAGUACCUGGAGAAGGAGGUGAGCGACGAAAACUACCUGUACCUGCAGGAACUUGCCUUACUCUACAGCCUGGACAGGCUGGACACCUUCAUAGACCGCUUUAUCCUGGAGCGGUUUGCCACGCUCUCCUUCACUCCAGAGUUUUUAAGGGAUGUGCGCUUGUCCAAGCUGUGCUCGUACCUGGCGAGCGAGCAGGUGCAGUAUGAGAGUGAGCAGGCCCUCCUCCAGGCUGCCCUGCAGUGGCUGAGCCAGAGGCCCGAGCGCACAGCCUUUGCCCGACAACUGCUCUCCCAUAUUCGCUUCGCCCUGAUCCCCCCAGAGGAGCUGAUGAAGCAGGUGCUGCCGACCGUACGCUCUCUGCUGCCACCAGAAUCCGGUUGUGAAGCUCUGGUGGAAGAGGCGCUAGGCUACCAUGCCCAUGUCAGUGCACAGCCCGUGCUGCAGACAGCCCGCACAAAGCUAAGAGGCGGGGUAGAGCGCCUCUUGCUGGUUGGAGGGGAGGUGUAUGAGCGUGGGGAGGAGCUUAGCACUGAAGUGUGCUGGCUGGAUGAAGAAGCAGGGACAUGGGAGGUGGAGACCCAGCUGCCAGCUCAGAGGAGUCACCAUUGCGUGGCAGUGCUUGGAGGAUUCAUCUUCACUGCAGGGGGAAGUUCCUCACGGGACAAUGGGGGAGGCGCAGCAAGUAACUUACUCUACCGAUACGAUCCACGCAACAACACGUGGGUCAAGAGUGCCUCUAUGAACCAGCGGCGGGUGGAUUUCUAUCUGGGCACCAUGGGGGAAUGCCUGAUUGCUGUUGGAGGACGUAAUGAUAGCGGUGCACUAUCAUCUGUAGAGGUCUACCAUCCUGUUGAGGAUUACUGGGCCUAUGUAGCAGGACUCCCCAGAUUCACAUAUGGCCAUGCGGGCACUACACAUAAAGAUGUUGUUUACAUCUCGGGAGGCCAUGACUACCAGAUUGGACCUUACCGACGUGACAUGCUGAGCUAUGACCCAAGCUCUGGUGACACAUGGACAGAGCGGCAGGCUAUGACUUUGGCUCGAGGCUGGCACUGCAUGACAUCAUUGCAGGACAAAAUCUAUGUCAUUGGGGGAAGUGACGACCACGAGGACAGCAUGGAGCGCUUUGACGUGCUGGAAGUGGAGGCCUUUGAUCCACAGACUGAGCAGUGGACUAGAAUAACUCCACUGCGGUAUCCCAACAGUGAGGCAGCAGUAGCAGUAUGGAAUGGCAAGAUCUAUGUCAUGGGAGGCUACACCUGGGAGCACAUGGACUUCUCUGAAAACACUCAGGUGUUUGUUCCAGAGAAGGGCCAGUGGGUGAUGGGACCCAACUUGCCCAGGUACAUUGCUGGAGCCUCGGCGUGUGUUUGCACUGUACGACCUCAAAAAUCCUGCAGCACGGAGCAGAAUAGGAUAGGACAGAGGGGGAAAGACAAGCAGAACUCCAGUCAAGGACAAGACAGAUAACUGUAGGAGGAAGCCCUGUUAUUUUAUUGCCCUGAAAGCAGAUGUGUGUUUCUUCCCAAAAUGCAGACUGUGGCACUAAGGGCUUGAGCUGAUCUGAGAUCAGUAUUUCUGAACUGCUGAUGGAGGAGAUGGGCUGGAUUAAACUGCUGUUUUGAGUCAUUUCUGAAUCAGUUGAUUGCAAUAAUGAGUGAUUUUAGAGGUGCCUCUUCAGGCCUUUAUAAGAGUGUAGGCAAUUAUUCCAUCUGUAGAAAUAAUGUGCUGUUGUGUCUGUCAAGCUGCUGGUGAAUUUUUCAAAGCACAAAUCUGAAGAUAUGUUUUCUACCACCGCAUUGUGUGUAAUGCUUGCCUUUGCAAUUAACGUUUCAGAUAACUUCAUUAUGUGGACUAACAUGGGCAGACAUUUUCAGUAUUGCAUUAAAACAUUAAACACA